AUGGCGGCAGCCUCAUCACCCUCAUCCUCACCGCGGCUGCCGUCUCCGCCUCCAAUUGCUGAAGACCAGAUCGGACCAACUUCGCCAGGCAUAUCAGGCUUUGAAGAUCAUCACGGCCUUGCAGGGAUCAGUAAUAUUGACAUGAGAGCUUCACGGCGGAUAAGGCCAGGCACCAAAGCCAUCGAUAUGGCCGAAGGACCACCGCUCGUAGAGAUGCAAGAGGUAGGACGACACGUGAGGUUCAAUUGGGACUCGACGAUUGACGUGCAAACAGAUUGACUCGGCGUUUCAACUCACGGAACACCUCAAAGCAUUACAUUACUCCCACACACACCCAGCCGACUCAAACCAGGUCAAGGCAAUUACAGCCGAUCUUGCCAAUGAACUCGCCAUAACACCGCCCAACACCUCCCGCGAAAUAUGGCUCUACGAGCUCGGCCGCUUUCUGAUUCAGAAGACCAAUGCCAUCAUCGUUGCUCUCUUCGCCGACCAUCCACCCUGCUCGCAGCAGACGUGCCCCGAGAUGCGAGCCAGUGAGUGGCAGUACUUGUGCGCCGUGCACGACCCGCCUAAAAGUUGCUCUGCCAUCGACUACUGCUGCCACACUCUCGAUUGGGCGGCAUCGUCGCUUACCAGCAGCAAGAUGUUCCCAUCUCGACUGGGCCUUGGAAGCGGCAACGCAGGAGGUGGAAGUGACAAGUUCCUCCAACAGCAGAUGAAGGAGAUUACAAACAUCUUCCGCCGCGUGUACCGCAUCUACGCUCAUGCGUGGUUCCAGCAUCGCGAAGUGUUCUACGCUGUCGAAAGCAAGACUGGACUAUACACCUUCUUCAAAACAGUUUGUGACGAGUACAAUUUGAUCCAGCCGGAGAACUACACCAUCCCUCCAGAGGCUGCUGAGGGACAAGCUCCAGUUGAGAAGGAAGAUCAGGCGAAAGAGAAGCAAGAUCGGCCUCGGCCGACGAGCAUCCUGCCCCGCCCAAGUGAACCAGGUCCACAAAAGGCUGUCGACCAAGAGCCCGCCGGUAACGACGUGAAGGCACUGAACAACACUACGAAACGCCAUACGCGUGCCCCUAGCAGCAUGUCAGAAGCCGUCACCACUGUCAUCGAGGAGGUCGAAGAGGACGAAGACGGAGAUCAAGCAAAGCCAGGGUUAGGCCGUUCAUCCACCGCUCUGCAUGAGUCGGAGCAGACGCAAAGCGCGCAUUCACCUCCCGAGCUCAAGGAAGAAGAUCCACCUCUUGCGGGUGUCUCUAGAAUUGAUACUUUGAAGCCUGGAAAGGAACAUGACGAAUCUGUUUCUGGCACUGAUGGCACCACGGAGAUGAAGCCUGAGGAUACCGACGUAGAUGCCAUUUUGGAAGCGAUCGAGCCGACAGAACCACCAGCUGCAGCAGCGGAGGAAGAAGCGGGUAAGACCGCCGCAGACUGA